CGUUUGAUAACAUCUUUUAAUUUAUGUGCACUUCACCGGCCAUGCAGCGCGUACAGCCCUCACCGCGUGCAGCGCGUAAAAGCGAGUGGCUCCGGAGCGCCCUGGCACACCACCACUGCUCCGAUCCUGGAGUGGAGAACGAAAUCGUUGUCUUGGCCACUGGAAUAGACCAAUAUCUGCAAGAAGUCUUCCACCACCUGGCCUUCCCCAGCCGGGACGAUACUGUGUCGGCGAAAGAUUUCACUGCGCUCUGUGCCGUUCUGGGACUGAACAGAGCUGAGGCAGGAAAGAAAACUGCGACCGUAAAGGAAACAGCGGGAGCUGGAGAACGAGAAGAGGAAGAUGAAGAGUUUAGAGAUAUAUGCUCCGAACUUCCCAGCCAGCUCUCUUUCAAAGAAUUUCACUCACGGCUCUGUGGGUAUUUCCGUGUGCGCAGUGCGCGUAGAGGUACCGGGGAGUGUGCCUUGCGUCUGCCCGUUAGCGAGGAUACAGAGCUGGUAGAGAAACAGAUCCGGCUUCGGUGGCCGCGAGUUAGGCGGAGAAAGUGUGUCAGUUUUGAUCUGACAAAGGACCAGAAUGGAUCAGUCAACACAUCUGUGAAAGGUCGGACCUCAGAGCACCGUGAACCAG